ACUAGCGGGCCUUAAGCCAAGCUAAUGAGUGUGUAAACUAGCUGCCUUAUUGCCAACAAAAGCGUCUUGGGACGUGCUUCCAUUGUCUCGGAGAAAACCAUCACCUUUUCUCAGUGAAAUCCGCCGCGGAUUGUCUGCGUGCAACAGGAGGUAGGGAUUAAAGAUGCGGCCCUUGGAACAAAUGGUGAGGCAAGUCAGCCAGUACAGGCCGGGGGGGGGGCGGGGCCGAGCGACACCCACAAUUAAAGAUGAACUUUGUGUGAACUAAUUUAUCUGAGGGAGGAGAAGGUAACCGGCUGCCCGCGGUCCUGGCAGCCUAUAAAAGCGCCGGAUGAGCAGCCCAGAGCUCCAGUAGCUGACAGAGCUUCACCUGAGCCGAUCACCGCUUGCAACAAAGACGCUGCCCCGUCACUGAAGCCGCUGCAACAUGGCUCUGAGCACACUGCUGGCCACCUUACUGUGCACCAUCGUGCUUCCCGUCCUGCUGUUUCUGGUGGCGGUGAAGCUCUGGGAGGUUUACAUGAUCCGAGGCAGAGACCCGAGCUGCCCCAGCCCGCUGCCCCCCGGAUCCAUGGGGUUACCUUUCAUUGGAGAGACGCUGCAGCUCAUCCUCCAGAGGAGAAAGUUCCUGCGGAUGAAGCGGCAAAAGUACGGAUACAUCUACCGCACACACCUCUUCGGGAACCCCACGGUGCGCGUGACAGGAGCGGACAACGUCAAGCAGAUUCUGCUGGGGGAGCACAGGCUCGUGUCCGUGCAGUGGCCCGCGUCUGUGCGCACCAUCCUGGGCUCGGACACGCUGUCUAACGUGCACGGAGCCCUGCACAAGAGCAAAAAGAAGGCCAUCAUGCGGGCCUUCUCCAGGACGGCUCUGGAGCUCUACAUCCCCGUCAUCCAGGAGGAGGUGCGGGCUUCGGUGAAGGAGUGGCUGGCGAGGGACUCCUGUGUGCUGGUCUACCCGGAGAUGAAGCGGCUUAUGUUCCGUAUAGCCAUGAGGAUCCUGCUGGGCUUCGAGCCGGAGCAGAUCAAGACUGACGAGCAGCAGCUGGUGGAGGCCUUUGAGGAAAUGAUCAAGAAUCUGUUUUCUCUGCCCAUCGACGUGCCCUUCAGCGGACUGUACAGGGGUCUGAAGGCGAGGAACUUCAUCCACUCCAAGAUCGAGGAGAACAUCAAGAAGAAGGUGCAGGAGUCAGACAGGGGGUCGAGUCACAGAGACGCUCUGCAACAGCUCAUAGACAGUAGCAGGAAGAACGGAGAGCCAAUCAGCAUGCAGGCCAUUAAGGAAUCUGCUACGGAGCUGUUGUUCGGGGGCCAUGAAACCACAGCCAGCACGGCCACCUCUCUAAUCAUGUUCCUGGGCCUGAACCCUGAGGUUUUGGACAGACUGAGGCAGGAACUAAUGGACAAGGAGGAGCAGGGGAUGGACAUCCAGAACCUGAACAUCGAGUCCUUAGAGCAGUUAAAAUACGCCGGCUGUGUCAUUAAAGAGACGCUGAGGCUCAACCCUCCGGUCCCUGGAGGCUUCAGAGUGGCCCUCAAGACCUUUGAACUCAACGGUUUCCAAAUUCCCAAAGGCUGGAACGUCAUCUACAGUAUCUGCGACACCCACGACGUGGCAGAGAUCUUCCCCAACAAGGAAGACUUCCAGCCAGAGCGCUUCAUGACCGACUUCUCAGGCGACUCCUCCAGGUUCCAGUACAUCCCGUUCGGAGGGGGCUCCAGGAUGUGCGUGGGGAAGGAAUUUGCCAAAGUGCUGCUGAAGAUCUUCCUGGUGGAAGUGGUCACACAGUGUCACUGGACUCUUUUAAACGGGCCGCCCACCAUGAAAACCGGACCUACGCUCUAUCCCGUGGACAAUCUGCCGACCAAGUUUACCAGCUAUGUACAAAAUUAAACUGACGAGCGGUUGUUUACUGAAUCAGUGUGUUUUAACGCGGAAUACACAAGGAAGCACUCAGGUGUUCUUAGGAAGCAUAAAAGGCUGCAUUUGUGACAGUGUGGUCUUACGGCAUGAAUUGUACAUACUGUAGAUGAUUUGAGAACUGUUUCACUUUUUAUAUUAUGGUGUUAAUACUUUGAAUUUGUAUAUAUAUUCUUUUUUGUUUUGUUUUGAAGAUAUGAACAAACUAAACGCAAGGCACUAUACACAAGACAUGGAACACUUUAAUCAACUCAGAGGUGUAUCUAUAGGAUUAUGUACAUAUAUAAUUUAGAGAAUGUUUAUAUAACUUCUGUGUCUUAUCCCAACUUAUUUAAGUGACUUAUGUUACAUUGUAUGGGCUUUUUAUUUAAUAAAACCUUUUUUCAUUAA